CAUCAGAAGAGCAAGCGGACGGACGGCGUGACUCUGUGGCGGCGCCCCAAUCAACUGCCUCCCAAAAUCAUCAGUGACGUUUACAGAACAACCUGCGACAUCUCGACCCACAACCCCAUCACAUCUUGCGCUGAACAAACUGGACAAACGAUAAAGAUGUCAGCGACGUUCCACUCCCUCUUCCACUCCGCCCGCGAAUACCUCAACCCGCUCCUCAAAUCCUCCAAAUUCAAGGAAACCGGCGUCCUAACCCCAGAGGAGUUCGUCCUCGCCGGCGAUUUCCUCGUCUACAAAUGUCCAACCUGGUCUUGGGCGGCCGGCGAACAGACAAAGAGGCGCGAGUACCUCCCAGCAGAUAAACAGUAUCUUAUCACGCGGAAUGUGCCUUGCUUGCAGAGGAUCAAGGAGUAUGGCGCGGCAGGCGAUCAGGAUGGUGGGGAGAUGACCGUCGAGGACGGGGAGGACGGGGGUGGGUGGGUCGCGACGCAUAAGGAUAGGGAGGUGCGGAGGACUGGUGAUGGGGAGCUCAUAGCAGAUAUCAGUGACGAUGAGGAGGAUGGUGCAGUUGAUGCAGUGGAGCACAUCAGUUCUGGGCUGCAGGCGACAGAUAUCAACGGCCAUGGGAAUGCUGAUUUGGGACAUGCGGGACAUGAACGAUCAAGCGUUGACGCAGGUGCCGAUGAUGACCAGCCAGAUUUCGAUGACAUUCCGGAUAUGGACGAUGAGGAUGAGUUGGCCGGUGGAGUGGUGGAAGAGGAAGACCCAGCGGCGUUGCCGACGCCGCCAAAACCAUCGGCCUCGCAUGAUGACAAAGUCCUGAAAACGAGAACAUACGACGUCUCAAUAACCUACGAUAAAUACUACCAAACCCCGCGCGUCUGGCUCUUCGGCUACUCCGAGCACCGCCACCCGCUCACCACCUCCCAAAUCUUCGAAGACAUCUCCGAAGACCACGCCCAAAAAACCGUCACGAUCGAGCCCCACCCACACGAAAACGUCUCCAUGGCGUCCAUCCACCCCUGCAAGCACGCGAAUGUGAUGAAGAAGAUUAUUGAUCAGAUGAUGGAGGCGGGGGGAGACGAGGGGAGGGAGUUGAGGGUGGAUCAAUAUUUGUUGCUGUUUUUAAAGUUUGUGGCGAGUGUUUUGCCGACUAUUGAGUAUGAUUAUACGACAUCCAUGGAUUUGUGAAGUCGAUAGACCGUAGUCGAAAGCGCGUUGAAGAGCGCGACUCAUCUGUACGUAGUUAACGUUAGACAACCAAUUAGCUGUAUCUAGUCUGCGCUCCGCGUAGAAUACACGGCUGCGCAGGUGUUUUCAAAACACCUGCCGUCGCAAUCUGAAGGUUGCCACGAUAGGGAAAGAAAGGAGAUGGUUUGAAGAAACCGGCGGCGUUGCGUUCUUCCCCAUCCGAUCCGUGCAGACACCCAAAGGCACACUUACAAAAAGCACAAGUGAAAACGAGACUCUAUGAUUCAGAUUAUUAAUACAAGAAACGGAAACU